UUGAAAUAUGCGAAAGAAGCAAGGCGAUGAGCGGUACCGCCCCCACACGCUCUCCACAGUCCUCACUCGGAAAAGAGACAGAAAGAGAGGGCGAAUGUGCAGCAGGAAGCAGCCAGCAGUGAGCACCCAACGGGGUUUCCUUAUAUGUGUAAAUGUUACUGUUUAUUGUCGAUGGUAUCGGCAAGGAUGGGGCUGUGUCUACUGUCUAGUCUGUCUGUGUCUAGCUUUACGAUUACCUUACCUACUAGCUAUUAGGUAAUAAGAUAGAUUUUCAUAUUUUUACAUAUAAACAACUUCAAAUAUCAGGAUCCGUAUCUCCUGCAAUUCGGAUAGUGAUAGAAACUUAGAAAGAGGGGUUGUAUGCAAUUCUGCAUUCAAUUUCGGACAGUCAAGAAAGGAGUUGUAUGCAAUUCGGACGGUCCCAAGUCUACUUGCCUCAAGCAGCCGGAGGUGGCCCCUUAUCUGUGGGCCAGGGAAUUGUAGGGAUCCUUAUUCCAAAUGUCUUGGUGAUUUGACGAUCAGUUAAACCGACCUCACUCUCACUCGAUGCUUCCGCACUAAGCACUAAGCAGCAACAUCUGCGUACAUUAUACACUGUUGUUUGAAUUCCGGUUUCGAUUUCAAAUUCGGAAUCCAAAGACGAGUCGGAAAUGCGACAAAACAUUUUUUUAUCUUAAAAAAAAUGGCUUUAGUUCUCAUAGCUCACAUGACAUUAGCACACAGCAUCGAGCUUAGCUUCAGCCAACGUACGUCUCUUCUCCAGCCUUUUGUGGUUUCUUUGUUGGCCAGAGUAGCAACUUCCCUCCACCACAAUCCAAAUGCUCUUUCUUGCUUCGGUCUUUUGUUCACAAAAGGACCAACAUUUGGGUCAUGUAUCUUGUUUCUAACAAGAAAGCGAGCUAGAAACAAGUGGCUUCUUUGAGCAGCCCUAACUCUUUUUCAUUGCAUGCCCGCUUCCGUAGAAGGACAUGAUCAUCAAAUAGUAGCAUGGUCAAGGCUCAUUUCUCACUCAUCUCAAUUUCAUUCCUAGCACUCUGAGAAACUAUUUGAGUGGUAUAGAAUUGCAGUUUUGAAAGAAUCGUCACAAUGGGGCUUCUAGAUCUAUUUUUUGUUGCAUCUAACCCAAUUCUGAAAGUGCUACUGUUGACUGCACUUGGCUCUUUUCUUGCAUUGGAUCGUAUAGACAUCUUGGGGGAGAACACAAGGAAGCAGUUGAAUACUGUUGUAUUUUUUGUGUUCAAUCCGGCACUUGUGAGUAGCAACCUGGCUAAAACAGUUACUUUUAAAAGCGUUGUUUUGUUGUGGUUCAUGCCAUUCAAUGUUCUCGGUACAUUCUUAAUUGGCUCUGCACUAGGAUGGAUACUCAUGAAAAUCACAAGACCUCCCCAACAUCUGAAGGGCCUCAUCUUGGGUUGCUGUGCAGCAGGAAAUAUGGGAAAUUUGCCUAUAAUUAUCAUCCCAGCAGUAUGUAGAGAGAAAGGCAGUCCAUUUGGAGAUCCUGAUGUCUGCCAUGUAUAUGGAAUGGCUUAUGCUUCACUUUCUAUGGCGAUUGGAGCCAUUUAUUUGUGGUCUUACGUUUACAACAUUGUGCGGAUUUUCUCAAGUAAGGUCAACGAAAAAGUCAACAUAGAUGAAUUUGCAAGCAAUAUGAAGUCUGGGGGAGCAUCGGAAUUACCCCAGGAGAGUUGCUCAGAAGCACUUCUUCCUUCAGAAAACUAUUCCGUAUCUAUGGACUGUGCAAAUAAAUCAAUGACUCCUGAGGAAAAAGUGAAAGUUCCAAUCUCAUAUGCGAUUAAGUACUAUUUAAGGGUGAUUUCAAGAAAGAUCAAUCUAAGGGCCUUGUUUGCACCUUCAACUACUGGAGCGAUUGUCGGGUUUAUCAUUGGUGUGGUUCCCCAGAUCCGAAAGUUCAUAAUUGGUACCGAUGCUCCUCUACGUGCGGUUCUGGACUCUGCUUCUUUUCUGGGUGAAGCAGCCAUCCCAACUCUCACUCUGAUAUUAGGAGGAAACCUUCUUAAAGGCUUGAAAGGGUUAGGUAUUCUGCAGCCACUCAUCAUUGGCAUCAUAGCAGUUCGGUAUAUUGUCCUGCCUCUCUUGGGCAUUGUCAUUGUUAAAAGUGCACUACGCUUUGGUUUCAUUCACUCAGAUCCACUGUAUCAGUUUGUUCUUCUACUUCAGUAUGCACUUCCACCAGCAAUGAACAUAGGCACAAUCACCCAAUUGUUUGGAGCUGGCAAGAGUGAAUGUUCUGUUAUCAUGCUAUGGACAUACGCUUUGGCUUCAGUUUCACUAACGCUUUGGUCAGCCUUCUUCAUGUGGCUAGUUGCUUGAUCUCUAUCUCUUUAUGCAUGUUGAGACAUGCAGCAGUACAAUGUUGUACAUGCCUUAAGGAAUCAGGCUAGGAAUUUUAGUCACAGUUCUAUCUUCCUAAAUUAUGUUGUUCAAUCCAUAAUCAUUCUUUUUCAAGCUCUUUUAAUUAAGUAUCAAUUUCACUACUUUCGUUGUAUUUUAUGUGAGUUUCAAUUAAUUAAAAAAACGAAAGAAAAAUCAGUUUAUA